GUCCAUUUCUGUUUAUGUAGAUGAAAUUCCCCCCAUAAUGAUUAAAACGCGCAUAUAAAUAAAAUAAAAUCAGCUUUGUCUGCAUUGUCUGUCUUUCGAUGAUUCGCAGUUUUGGCGGGAUACAUAUCUAUGGGUUUGUGCGUGAUAACGUGCGUCUUACGUCAUGCCGUUCGAACGCGUCGCGGCGGCGGUCUCUGCAGCGCGAUUCAACAACAACAACAUAACAAACUCACAGACCUCCAAAGCCCACACAACAGCGACCAAAACCGAAAAUUAAACUCUGUACGACAAUAAACUGAGGUGUUGCGAUGGAGAACAUCUUUCUGGACACGUAGGAGACGGAGGUCAAUUAAUUCCUGGUAGUUUGAGAGAGCUGCAGUCCGUUAGCUGUCAACAGGUGAAUCAGAUCUGUGAAGUAAACAAUGUCAUCCAGAGCUCUGUGGCAGCAGCCGUACGUGAACAUCUUCAAACACAUGAAGAUAGAAGAAUGGAAGAAAGUCAGCAAAGAGGGAGACGUCACCACAUACAUGGAUAAGACCCUGAAAUGUUCUGUGUUCCGGAUCCGCGGCUCCAUACCGGCCAGUAACUACAUCCUGUUGCCCAAAACCAGCAGCCAGCCUCUGGGUCUCACCGGCCGGUACCUUUACCUGCUGUUCAGACCCAGCCCAAACAAACACUUCAUUGUGCAACUGGACAUCGCUGCUGAGGAGGGUCAGGUGAUCCGUGUGUCAUUCUCUAACAUGUUCAAAGAGUUCAAGUCCACGGCGACAUGGCUGCAGUUCCCUUUUCUGUGUGGAGCUGCACACGGUUCAGUGUAUGAGAAUACAGCCAGUACUGCUAAACAAGGUUUAGUGGGCCCAUCGCCGCCAAACACGAGGUGGACGUGCUUGACAAUGGAUCUACGUUACGUGCUCUCGAUUUACCUCAACAGAACCCACAGUCACCUUAAGAGCGUCAAACUCUGUGCCGAUAUGUCCGUUAAAAACAUCAUCACCAGUGAUCUGCUGUUUGACCCCGGUCUGUCAUUCUCUGAAUUCAGGCAGUCUGGUGUGAUGUUGCCAGAUGGCACUGCACCGAUGCCCAGAGAAAUGUGGUUCCCUGUACCGAAAGGCCAGAGCUGGCACAACUUAUAUGAUUACAUUAGCCCUAAUGGCUUUUCUCUCUUUCUCUUCUUUCUCUCUGUGAAGCGCACUAAGCAACGUUCAGCAAUCCAGACAAAGCGUCUGCCUGAGCUGAAUUAUACACACUCUGGAGGCUCAGAGAGCCCAGGGUCACCAGGUCAGAGGUCGCAGGCGGGCGAACAGGUCACAGUAGUGCGUGCGGAUGAUGCUGGAGUACAUGUAUAUGCUCAUUGUGAGGAUGACGUCUAUAAUCACACUACAGACAGUGAAGAGGAAAUCACAGUCAUUAAUGCAGCAUCUCCUCGACCUGUCUCUCUGUCUUCUGACCAACCAGUGAAGAAACCUCAGGAUAAGACCCUGAAAUGUUCUGUGUUCCGGAUCCGCGGCUCCAUACCGGCCAGUAACUACAUCCUGUUGCCCAAAACCAGCAGCCAGUCUCUGGGUCUCACCGGCCGGUACCUUUACCUGCUGUUCAGACCCAGCCCAAACAAACACUUCAUUGUGCAACUGGACAUCGCUGCUGAGGAGGGUCAGGUGAUCCGUGUGUCAUUCUCUAACAUGUUCAAAGAGUUCAAGUCCACGGCGACAUGGCUGCAGUUCCCUUUUCUGUGUGGAGCUGCACACGGUUCAGUGUAUGAGAAUACAGCCAGUACUGCUAAACAAGGUUUAGUGGGCCCAUCGCCGCCAAACACGAGGUGGACGUGCUUGACAAUGGAUCUACGUUACGUGCUCUCGAUUUACCUCAACAGAACCCACAGUCACCUUAAGAGCGUCAAACUCUGUGCCGAUAUGUCCGUUAAAAACAUCAUCACCAGUGAUCUGCUGUUUGACCCCGGUCUGUCAUUCUCUGAAUUCAGGCAGUCUGGUGUGAUGUUGCCAGAUGGCACUGCACCGAUGCCCAGAGAAAUGUGGUUCCCUCGCACUAAGCAACGUUCAGCAAUCCAGACAAAGCGUCUGCCUGAGCUGAAUUAUACACACUCUGGAGGCUCAGAGAGCCCAGGGUCACCAGGUCAGAGGUCGCAGGCGGGCGAACAGGUCACAGUAGUGCGUGCGGAUGAUGCUGGAGUACAUGUAUAUGCUCAUUGUGAGGAUGACGUCUAUAAUCACACUACAGACAGUGAAGAGGAAAUCACAGUCAUUAAUGCAGCAUCUCCUCGACCUGUCUCUCUGUCUUCUGACCAACCAGUGAAGAAACCUCAGAAGUUGUAUCCUGACCCCAUUCUGAAGUUGAACAGAAUUAUAGGCUUCGGAGGAGCUACAAUGAGAUGUGCUGUGUGGAGUUCUGAUGGAGAGGAAGUUGUGUAUCCUUGUCACGCUGUUAUCGUCAGCAUGACCGUUUCCUCUGGACAACAGAGAUUCUUCAUUGGACACACAGAUAAGGUCUCAGCUCUGGCGUUAAAUACCAGCUCUACAGUGUUGGCAUCAGCUCAGAUGGGCGCAAACAGUCUGAUUCGUCUCUGGAGCUACAGCGGAGGAGUGUGCCAAACCAUCAUUCCUACACACACACAUGCUCUGAAUCUGCUCAGUUUCUCUCAGAGCGGAGGAGUGCUGUGUGGCGUAGGGAAAGACAGCCACAACAAAACUACGGUGGUGCUUUGGAACACUCGACGUGUGGCGGAAGGAAAUGUGGUUCCAGUAUUGGCUAAAGCACACACAGAUGUGGACAUCCAGACAAUGAAGCUAGCAUUCUUUGAUGAAACACGUAUGGUGUCGUGUGGUUUACGUAACAUACGUCUCUGGCGUGUACGUGGUGGUUCUUUACGCUUCUGUCCGGUGGAUCUGGGACAGUAUCACAAUUUAGAGUUUACUGACCUCGCCUUCGAGCAGGGACACACUCAGGACCGUCCAGUGGAUGAGCGCACGCUGUUUGUCAGCAGUAAGAGUGGUCACAUCCUGGAGAUCGACUAUGUUGCCGUGGCGGUAAAAAACAUCAGGAGGCUUCUCCCAGCUCAGGAGACCCACAGACACCAAAGGGAGAAACAGACCUUUAGCACAGAGCACGAGGGGCCUAUCAGUUUGGUGUGUGUGUCCUCGGACGGCUCAAGAGUUCUAGCAGCCACAACCACAGGGAAUCUUGGGUAUCUGGAUGUCAGUAGCCGCGGUUACCGUACACUCAUGAGGUCACACGCGGCGAGUGUUUUGGGCUGUAGUGUGGACAGUGUUAGAAGGCGGGUCACCACAGUGUCCAGAGACAGCACUGUACGGGUGUGGGACAUGGACACCAUGCAACAGCUCUAUGAUUUUGUCUCUGAUGAUGAUGAAAGUCCCUGUUCAGUUGCGUUCCAUCCCAGCAUGCCUCUCUUCGCUUGUGGAUCGAGCUCUGGAACUGUCAGAGUGUUUGAUAUCCAAACAUCAAGCCUAAUUGCCCAGCACAGGCAGCACUGUGGAUCAGUUGAGUGUGUGAUAUAUUCUCCUGAUGGUCAGUGUCUGUUUAGCGCUGGUGCUCUUGGAUAUUUGGUACUUUACAACUCUUCUCAACAUGAGCAUCACGUGGUCCGUGUUCUGGGUAAUGUGGUUGCACGGGUUGUAAAUCGUGGCCCAGAUACUUUGGCUGUGAGCUCUGACAGCCGCUGUCUAGCGCUGGUCGGACCGACCGAAUACAUUGUCACGAUCAUGGAGGCACAAUCACUUAAUGAGUUACUCCGGGUUGAUGUGAGUAUUCUGGAUGUCGAGAGCACAACGCUGGACUCCGCCCUGAAUGUGUGUUUCUCGCCCACAUCCCUGUCACACCUGCUCGUCACCACAUCCGCCAAUAAGAUCCUCUGGAUUGGCAUACACACAGGACAACUGCUCAGACAGGUGUCUGAGGUGCAUAAGCAUCAGUGUGUGUCUCUGGCGGUAAGUGAAGAUGGCCGUUAUUUGCUGACAGCCGGACAGAACUCUCUGAAGGUGUGGGACUAUGACAUGCUCCUGGACGUCAAUUCACAGGUGUUCAUUGGUCACUCCGAGCCCAUCAGACAGGUGAGGUUCACACCUGAUCAGAUGGGUGUGGUCACUGUAGGCGACGCCCUCUUCUGGGACUUCCUGGCACCUCCACAGGAAGCUGCACACUGCAAUUCUCCAGAUAUAAAAGUCCCCCCUCGUAAAUCAGCUCACAGCUGGGCGGAGCUAAAUGUAGCAGAGCUGUCCAAUGAGAGUCCUCAAAAGGCAUUAUUUCAGCCCUCCUCUCCGCCUGUCAUGAAUUUUCUUUCCCGUGCUAUGAAGGACAGUGAAGGUUUCCUAUGCGAUUCUACUGCUGAGCUGCAGCUCAGUCCAACUGCAGGCCACACCCACUCCUCUCCUCCCAAACACGCCUCCUUCCUGAGAGUGACAGAGUGGGUGAAUGACGAGGACACGCCCACAAUCCCAGCCAAUCAAUCAAGGACUGAGAAAAUACAAGACAGUCACACACCAAUCCGUCCAGACUGUUAUAAACACUUCACUCCACGUUUUAAGACUUCAGUGCUGGAUCAGACCACAGUAGCUCCGCCCUCAGGGCAGGUGGGGCUGAGUCUCAAGGCUGUGAUUGGCUAUAAUGGCAAUGGGCGUAACAAUAUGGUCUGGAAUCCAGACACGGGUUUAUUUGUGUACUCAUGUGGGUGUGUUGUCGUCGUUGAGGAUCUUCACACAGGCUCGCAGAAACAGUGGUUCGGCCACACCGAGGAGAUCUCAACGCUUGCCGUCACCCAUGAUGCACAGACGGUUGCAUCUGCAUCAGGAGGCGGAGCUUCACACAGCAGCCUCAUUUGCAUAUGGAACGCUUCAGAAGGCUCCUGUAGAAACCGCCUCUCCUACCACAAGGGGGCGGUUCAGAGCCUGAGGUUUGCCAGGAAUGACAUGUACCUCCUCUCAGUGGGUGAUUUUUCGGAGCCGUUGGUGGCGCUGUGGAGCACACGGUCAUUUGAGCUGCUCUGUACCGUUCAGAUGUCCAUCCCACUGCAUGAUGCAUCUUUCUGUCCUUUUACUGCUAAUGAGCUGACACUCAUCGGCAGCAGUGCUGUUGUGUUUACUCGAAUACAAACACAGGAGAACGGCACUGAACUUCAGGUGCAGAAAGUGGGCUUACCUGAUGCGGUCAGGGAGGCGGAAGUGACAUCACUGUGCUAUAGCACUCGCCGGAUCCUGUACACGGGCACAAACAGCGGCCACGUGUGUGUGUGGGACUGUAACACACAGCGCUGCUUUGUGACCUGGGAAGCAGAUGGAGGAGAGAUAGGUGUGUUAGUUUGCCGUGGAAAUAUGCUGGUCACAGGCAGUAACACCAAAAAACUGAGACUGUGGUCUGUAGCUUCGGUCCAGAAUCUCAGUAACGCAAAUAACAAGAGCAGCAGAACACAGGAUGAUGGAGCUCAGGUGCAGCUAGAACAAGAACUACUGUUGGAUGGGACAGUGGUCAGUGCAGCGUUUGAUGAUGUCAUGGACAUGGGGAUUGUGGGUACGACAGCGGGAACCCUGUGGUACAUCAACUGGGCUGACAGCACUAGUAUACGGCUGAUCAGCGGGCACAAGAGCAAGGUGAAUGGUGUGGUUUGCAGUCCAGAUGAGCAGCAUUUUGCCACCUGUGGGCAGGACGGCAGUGUGAGAGUUUGGGUGCUGCAGAGCCACGAGCUGCUGGUGCAGUUUCAGGUGCUGAACCAGAGCUGUGAGUGUGUGUGUUGGUCGUCUCUGAGGGGUGUGUAUGAGCCCAGCGGGCGUGUGUGUGUUGCGGGCGGUUACAGUGACGGGACUGUGAGGAUCUUCAGUCUGGAGUCGGCCGAGAUGGAGCUGAAACUACAACCUCAGCCUGUGUCUGUGUGUGCGCUGCAGUACUCGCACUACGGUCAUGUGCUGUUGUCUGGUGGUCGUGAUGGUCUCAUUACUGUCAGCAGUCCUGUCACUGGAGUCACUGUACGCACCAUCCGUGACCACAAGGGGGCGCCCAUAACUACAGUGCAGUGCACCAGCAAACAGUAUAAGGAGUUUGGUCUGGAGGGAAAUGAGCUCUGGUUGGCUGUAAGUGCAGACAGGCGUGUCAGCAUCUGGGCAGCUGAUUGGACGAAGAAGAAAUGCGAGCUGCUUGAUUGGCUGACGUUUCCAGCGCCCAGCCCACCAGAGGAUGCACUGGCAUUACCACCCAGUUUAGCAGCUUUCAGCCCCAGCGAGAGAGGAACGGUGGUUUAUACCGGCUACGCUGUGGAAAAAGAGAUCAUCUUUUACUGCCUUUACAAAAAACAGGUUUUGAGGACGAUCUCUCUGGCUGAUUGGGCGCUCUGUCUCAGUCUCUGCUCAACUGGAAGGCUGAUCGCUGUUGGAUCAAACCAGCGCGUCCUGAAGCUGAUUCAUUCGUCCAGCGGGCGUUUUCAGGAUUUCACGUCUCAGAGUGACUCGGUUCACGUGUGCAGCUUCAGCUGGUCUGGAUCUCAGCUCUUCACUGCUGCUCAUAAUGAGCUCUUACUGUGGACUGUACACGGAUUAUAAUGCUGACACAUCAACACUAACGCUACUGUCAGGGGUUUGAUAGUUUGGUCCCUCUCAGUUUGGAUUGCAGUAGUUACUGUGGUGUCAGAUUUAUUAUUAUUAUAUUAAUAUAAUAUUAUUAUUAUAGUCGAAACGUUGCAUUGAUGUAGCAGAGCAGUUUUGCCAUAUUCUGCAUCCAGUUAGCAUGACUUUAAGUUUUAUUAUUUGGGGGGUUUUGUAAUCUUUUUAUUUGUUUUUAAUAUUUUUGAUACACUUGCUUUCAGCUCUUGACUUUUUACACUGUUUAAAAUGAUUUUGCUUGUAAGAAAUACCCUGAAAUUGUU